AUGGUUGUAGAUUUGUGCGAAUAUGUCCUCGGCACACCGCCCUGCGAUCCCGAUGAAUCCUUCCCGAGCUUUCGUUCGUCAAGUGACAGACAUCGUCAGAGCAGACCACCAUGCUUAACGAUAAUUCGACACAUGUUUCAUUUGUUGCAGAUGAAGCGUCAAACGGGUGUAAUUGAAACCGAACAGCUGCAUCCUUUCCUUAUGACUGAUCUUGCAAUGUUACCGCAUGUUGAACGACGAAUUGAAGCCGCUCAAAGAACUGUUGAUGAAGUCGAAGCUCGGUUGACAUCUCUCCUGACAGAACAGCGCCAGAUCGAAGCCAACUUAGAGCGGUGUCGUCAAGAGGAAAAAGAGUAUCAAGAGCGCAUCCAGGAUGAUCAACAUGGCUUAGAAAAGAUGCAAUCCAAGCAGAGCCAGCUUUUGAAAAAGGUAAUGGAUCACAAAUAUUGUAGGCCAAUCGUGUGGCACUGUUUUCUUGGCAGUGCUGAGAGGUAG